ACGGGGCUGCGCGGGAGCGGCGGCGGCGGCGGCGGGGACAUGGCCGAGGCCAUCCUGGUGACGGGCGGCGCGGGCUACAUCGGCAGCCACUGCGUGCUGGAGCUGCUGCAGGCCGGCUACGCGCCCGUGGUCAUCGACAACUUCCACAACGCCGUGCGAGGCUCCCAGGAGCUCCCCGAGAGCCUCCGCCGGGUGCAGCAGAUCGCGCAGCGCCCCGUCACCUUCCAGGAGCUCGACAUCACGGACCGGGCGGCGCUGGCACGGCUCUUCGGGAAGCACCGGUUCUCGGCCGUGAUGCACUUCGCCGGGCUCAAGGCCGUGGGGGAGUCGGUGCAGAAGCCUCUGGACUAUUACAGAGUGAACCUCACCGGGACCAUCGGGCUGCUGGAGACCAUGAAGGCCCACGGCGUGAGGAACAUCGUGUUCAGCAGCUCCGCCACCGUCUACGGGGAGCCCAGGUACCUCCCCCUGGACGAGAAGCACCCGGUGGGCGGCUGCACCAACCCCUACGGCAAAUCCAAGUUCUUCAUCGAGGAGAUGAUCCGGGAUCUCUGCAGAGCAGAGAGGGACUGGAACGCCGUCCUGCUGCGCUACUUCAACCCCAUCGGCGCCCACGAGUCAGGGAUGAUCGGGGAGGACCCCCAGGGCAUCCCCAACAACCUCAUGCCCUACGUGGCUCAGGUGGCAGUGGGACGCCGGGAGUUCCUCAGCGUCUUUGGGAACGACUACAAGACGGACGAUGGAACGGGAGUCAGGGAUUACAUCCAUGUCGUGGACCUGGCCAAGGGCCACAUCGCUGCCCUGAAGAAGCUCAAGGAGAAUUGUGGCUGCAAGAUCUACAACCUGGGCACAGGCACCGGCUACUCCGUGCUGCAGAUGGUCCGGGCCAUGGAGAAAGCCUCGGGGAGGGAGAUCAAGUACCGGGUGACGGCGCGGCGGGAGGGGGACGUGGCCUCCUGCUACGCUGACCCCACGCUGGCCGAGCAGGAGCUGGGCUGGAAAGCUGCCUUUGGCCUGGACAAGAUGUGUGAGGACCUGUGGCGGUGGCAGCUGCAGAACCCCACGGGCUUCAGCAAGAACUGAGCUGUGGCGAGGGCUGGCCGGGCCAGGGCUGCUCUGAGCCAGCUCUGCCUCCUUCCCCGAGAGCUGUCACCAUCCUGGGAGGGCACUGCCAGCUCCCCCUCCUGCCCCUGGCACGGGGCAGGAAGGCUGGAGCAUCCUCAGCCUCUCCCCUCCUCAUCCUCAUCCCCCAGGUCCUUUCAUCUCACAGAGCCAGAACCACAACCAAGGGUGAACAGAGCCAGGGCCUGGUUUGGCACCACGGGCAUGGAACCCCCCGGGAAUGCCCAGGGGCUGAGCCAGUCCUGGCUGGGAGCUCCUGAGCCCGCCCUGUGCCCUGGGACAGCUGAGUCCUGCUGAGCCCAGCCUGCAGCAGAGCCCUGUUCCCUCCUGGCUCAGGGGGAGCCCAGGGCACCUCUGCCCUGCCCUGGCACAGAGAAGGCACCAGGAACCUCCCACAGGGACCAGUCACAUUCCAAGGCUUCCUCCAACCCCCCUUUUCCCUACCCCAGCAUGGUUUUGGGGACCAAAUCUCAUCUCCCUGUCUCCUGCAGAGCUGGAGAAGCCCCUGCCCAGGGCUGUGCCAGCCUGGCCUGGCUGCCCACAGCCCCUGGGUGCCUGCUCUGGCCCUGGCCCACACUGCUCCUGUUUAUUCCUGGCAGCUCCCAGGGCAGGGAUGACGCAGCCAGCCCCGUGUGCUGUUGGCUGGAUGAAUAACUUAUGCUCCUGAAUUAUGAAUGGAGCUUUUGAUUUGUUUUUAAAAUAAACUUUCCUACUUUCUAA